AUGCAAUUGGAGUAUCCCAUCCCUGCCUCCUCUCUGCGCAUCCUGCCUCCCGUCUGCGACCAAGGAGGCUGCGGCAACCUGGGGAUGGUGCUAGCUCCAUGCCCCAGCUCAGAGCCACCCCAGAGCAGCGGGCCGAGUGGUGGCAGCGGGGCCCCUUCCCAGAUGGGCGAGGUGACCAAACCCCCCUACAGCUACAUCGCCCUCAUCACCAUGGCCAUCCAGAGCACCCCGGAGAAGAGGAUCACCCUGAGCGGCAUCUACCGGUACAUCAUGGGCCGCUUCACCUUCUACCGGGACAACAAGCAGGGCUGGCAGAACAGCAUCCGCCACAACCUCUCGCUCAACGAGUGCUUCGUCAAGGUGCCCCGGGACGACAAGAAACCCGGCAAGGGCAACUACUGGACCCUGGACCCCGACUGCUACAACAUGUUCGAGAACGGCAGCUUCCUGCGCCGCCGGCGCCGCUUCACCAGAAAGCGCGGCCUGCGGGAUGUGCCGGAGGGCGAGGCGGAGGGGGCGCGGAAGAGACAGCCCAAGUACCGGGCCCGGCAGCACCCCCAGCCCGUGGCUCUCUUGGCUGAGGAGAUCAAGACAGAGAGCAGCUACUCCUCGCCUGCUCCCGCCAGCCAGCUGCUCAGCUCGUGCGGGGGGCGGACAGGAGCUGGACAGGCGCUGACCUUGGAGGUCCAAGUGGGUACCAAGGAGUGUGGCCAGGGCAGCAAGGAACCCAGCAUCCAUUGCCCAGAGCAGCCAGGCCAGGCCAGCCUGCUGACCCCUAGGAAGUACCUGCAGAAACCCAGGCAGGCGUGUCUGUACCCUCUGGAGGGGCCGGAGCCCAAACCCCAGCUCUUUGAGAAGCAGCCCUGCUACCCAGGCCUCGAGGGGCGCCUGUUGGAGACCCAGGGGCAAGAUCCCCCCCGGCUGAAGGAGACUGUAUUUGGGGGGCUUCAGCCCCCCAUCCAGAUAGCUCAGCCCCCAUACACUGCCCCGGGGGAGCGAGUGACCCAGCAGCACCCCCAGCUGACCAGGGACAUCAAGGAACCGCCUCAAGCCACACCAGCCCCGACCGUGUCUCCCGACAGCGAACUGGAGGGUAAGGAGUCUGCGGCGUGCACCAUGGGGCUGUCCCAGCCAUUCAGCCAGGUGGCCCCCGUGUUCCCAGCCCUGCUGGGGCCCAGCAAGCCCUCGCUGCCCUGCAGCCGGCAGCCCUCGCCAGCCUGCUUCCCCUCCUUUGAAGGAGAUGGCUACAUCAAGCCGACACUGCCCGUCUUCAGCUCCUUCGGCUGCUCGGGCUCGGACAGCUUGAGCGGGAACUACCAGUGCCGCGUGCAGGCGCUGAGCUUCUGCAUGAACGAGCGGGCGUGCAACUCGGCCCUGGAGCACCUCCUGACGGCGUCGCCAAGCGCAGCUCCCGUGACCCCCAUCCAGCCGCCCCCCUUCAGACCUGCCGUCCAGCUGCAGGGGGAGCAGAAGGAGUCGUGGGCUGGGAGCCCGUUCUCCCUGCCAGGAGGGAAUGGUUACCAGCUGGGACUCCCCCACUGUCUCUACAGGACACCUGGCAUGUUCUUCUUUGAGUGACAGGCCCUGCCCAGGACAGACUGUGCCCUCGCAGCCUCUCUUGCCGCCCACCGCUGUGCCCAGGACACCCCUGGCCAUGCCACCUGCCCUUCGGAGAGCUGACUCCGAGGAAGGGACUCGCCAUGUAAGUUAUUCUCUCCUGCUGCUUCCUGCCCAGUGGUGACUGCCUGAUGGAGCUAAGAGGGACCCGGGCUCCCAGGAGAAAUCACUUUGGGUACCGGACCACCCGCUGCCAGCGUCCUUUUGCCAUGGCUGUUAUCCCACCA